GCUCCCAGGCGGAGCUCCUAGUGGGCGCAGCCCCAAAGGGAAACUUCGCUGGCCGGAGGGGAUCCCGGCCCGCAGGGCUCGCCCAGGCGCUCCACUUCCUCCUCCUCCAGGCCUCUUAAGGGCCAGCCAGGCGCGCCGCUUCCUGCGGUGGCCAGGCGACAGCGAAGCGAAGCGAUGCGCCCGAGUUGGCUGAGCGGCGGGUUCCAGCGGCGCUCCCGGCCGGCGCUUCUGCUGCUGGCGGUUCUCACCUUUGACAAUUUCCACCAUGGACUAGGAGAUAAUGGCAGCCUAAGCCAGAGAAGCAGCCAGGGUCAGCAUCUGAAGCUGUUCGACAGCCAUCGCCCUUUAAGGCGCACAAAAAGAAGAUGGGUUAUUGCCACCCUGGAACUUGAGGAGGAAGACAAAGGCCCAUUCCCCAAAUUCGUUGGAGAGCUGUUCAAUAACAAAUCACAUGAUAUGACCAUAAGAUAUUUAAUCAGCGGCCCUGGUGUCGAUGAGUAUCCAGAGUUUGGAUUGUUUUCUCUUGGGGACAGUAGCAACGGAUUCGUUUAUGUGCAUCGCUCCAUUGAUCGAGAGACCACCCCUUCUUUCUUGGUACGUUUUGAUGUUGCAAGUGUAUCUACCGGGGAAAUAGUGGACAAAUCUUUACUCUUCAGUGUUAAAAUUAAGGACAUAAAUGAUAAUGCUCCAGAGUUUACUGAGAAGGAAUAUAAUGUCACCGUGAAAGAAAAUCACCGGAGAGACGAGCCAAUUUUCCAAGUCACAGCCGUAGACAAUGAUGAAAAAGGCACUGCCAAUUCUCGAGUGGCGUAUUCUCUCAUUUCACAGAACCCUCGUCUCACUGAGCCUGUCUUCACUGUUGAGCCAUUCACAGGCCUGAUACGCAUUUCAGGAUGCUCAAACUAUGAGAGUGCCAGCGCUUUCAAACUCCUGAUCAAGGCAACAGACCAUGGAAUUCCACAACUGUCAUCAACAGCAACAAUUAAUAUUGCUAUAGAGGAUUCGAACACCCACCUGCCUGCAUUUACCAAAGAAAACUAUCAACUGGAAGUCCCAGAAGGCAAAACGGAAGGUGAUAUCCUCCGCCUCAGCGUGGAAGAUAAAGACACUCGCAACACACCUGCUUGGAGAGCAAAAUACAAGAUAGUGAGAGGAAAUGAAACAGGGAACUUCAUCAUCAAGACGGAUCCUAACACCAACGAAGGGGUUGUAAGCAUCAUAAAGCCUUUGGUUUAUGAUGGCACCUCUUGGAGGAACCUUGUAAUAUCUGUGGAGAAUGAAGAACCCUUUUUUUCCUGUGAAAGAGGCCAAGUGCGGAGCCUUCGUAUCUCCCCCAGGAACACAGCUGUGAAUAUUACAGUCCUAGACAUAAAUGAUGCCCCUCAGUUUCACCCUCCUAUCCUUCUUCUUCAGCGAGAGGAAGGGCUGAAGGCUGGGACCCAGCUUGCGCAAUACACAGCUAGAGAUCCAGACAGAGUCCCAAAUGCAAUAAGAUAUAAAGCAGCUCUUGACCCAGCAGGCUGGGUGACUGUUGGAGAACGCUCUGGGACUUUGAUGACAUCGAAAGUACUGGACCGAGAGUCUCCGUAUGUGAACAACAGCAUGUACACCAUCCUAAUCCAUGCCGUCGACAAUGGUGUCCCACCAAAGACUGGCACAGGCACCAUCCAGCUUUUCCUGUUUGAUGUUAAUGACAAUGCCCCAAAGCUCGUUGCCCCAUUUCUGGAGGUCUGCGAAGGAACAGAAAAGGGAUCAUUCCGGAUAGAAGCUGAGGACAAUGAUGACUUCCCUCAUGCGGGGCCUUUUUCAUUCCACCUGGUUGAGGGCUCAGAGAACACAAAGGGUGUUUGGAAACUGGGACAGGCCUUUGGUGAUUCAGCUGAGCUGCUGAUGUUGAAAAGCCUCCCCGCUGGCAACUAUUCAGUGCCACUCCGUAUUUUGGACAAGCAGGCAUUCUCCAGGGACCAGAGCCUGUAUGUCAGAGUGUGUCCCUGUCUGGAUGGGCACACGUGUCAGCCAGAGGUUGCAUAUGCUUCCGUGGGCGUUAAUGGUGGAGCAAUUGCUGCAAUCUUGGCUGCAGUCCUCUUUCUCAUGUUGGGCUUAGGCCUCCUUCUGUGGUGUUCCUGCUGGGCAGGUGCAGACUCCAAGAAAGGUCCUGCUUUCAUUCCAUGUGAAAGGGGAAGCCAAUCUCUAAUCCAGUACAAUGAAGAAAGUCAUCAAGUGCUGUCUCAGGACACGCCUGAUGUGAGGGAUCGUAUUUUGCCACCCCCUGUGUAUGCAGAAAUUCAGAAGGAUAAACCCCAGUCUCUUAAGGAGGUGACUAAGACGACCACCUCACAUUCCCGGACAUCCAGUCAAGUGCACUUUGAAGAAACUCUAUCUCAUACCCAAGGAAUGAUCCAGGCAAAGCCUCAGGGGAACAUCAACUAUUCCAAUGGAAGGAUAGUGCGACCACCAAGAUCCGUGGCAGAAGAUCCCAAUCCUGUCUGGGAUCAGCAGAGGACCUUGUAUUCUCAAAGCAACAGCACGAACUGGAACAAACCACGUGACACGACUGUAGAGGCAGCCGGCAAACUGCUGAAUCAAAGGCUCCAUCACAUCGCCAGUCUAGAGGACAACGUGUUGGUUUCUUGCACGCCUCUCGUUUAUGCUGAGGAAGGAAGCAUGGGGAGAAAUGAAUCCGUAUGGUCCCUCCCUUUCACAGAGGACGACAGCCUGCCUCCUGACUUCUUGGAUACAUUGGGAACUAGGUUUGCCACGCUGAACAAGAUCUGCAGCGAAUGAUUCCAAUGCCCACAGCUAUUUGCCUGCGAGUAGCCAGGAUCCCCCAGAGGCGUUUGGACUUCAACUAUAUAUGCAGACAAUUAUGACACUUGGUUGUGUGUCCCGAUAGUUCCUUGGGCCCUAUCCUUUAUGAGGAAAUAUCAUUGCAAUUCCACGGCAUCAGUUUUGAAACCCCUUUCCAACUACAUUAUUUGUGUGUGCACGCAUGCGCGCACACCAUCAAAUUGCACACGUCAUCAAGUUGCCAUCAACUUACAGCAACGCCAACAUGGCAAGUGAGAAGCAGAGGUGGUUUGCCAUCGCCUUCCUCUGCAGAGCCUUCCUUGACGGUCUCCCAUCCAAGUACUGACCCUGCUUAGCUUCUGAGAUUUGACAAGAUCGGGCUAUUCCAUGCUUCCUUCCCUCCCAACUGCAUUCUUUACCUUUGCAUUUUUAAAAAGUAGAUUCAUGGGGAUUCAGUUUCUUGUCAUAUGUCCAGUUAUGCCAAGAUUUCUGAAUGUGUAGGGUUCAAGAAAAGGGAACAAUUUUGUUUGGUCACUGUGACAGUCUUUGAUAAGCUAAAGGGAAUUCUUGUUAUCUCACAGUACAAGUCUACAUUCCAUAAAGGCAACAGAAGCUGAACUCAGGGCUAUGGAAAGAAAGGUCAGCAAGCAUUUUCGUCUGAUCCUGGCCGUUUCCACAUGGCUUACCUUGAGCUGGAACACAGCGUGUUCUUGCGUGAAAUUGCGCGAUAACAGCAUCUUCCUGGUGAAAUUUCGCACGAGAACACGCCGUGUUCCGGCAAAAGGUAAGCUGCGUGGAAACGGCCCUGGAUUGUGGGAUUUCAUUGCACUUUGGACUCAGUUCAGGUGGCUCUUAUUUUGGGGAUGGGGAUUCAACUCUACUAGAAAGAGGGAUUGUUUCCAUGGAAAGAGGAUCAUGAGCUUGGGACUUGCGGAACUCCUAGUUUAUCAACAUUCAUUCUGUAAACAGUUGAAAUUUUUAUACACGUGAAUGGAUUUUUUUUUUAAUUAAAUCUAUCACAAAAACCUGCCUUGGUUAUAUUUAAAGAGAUGCAGAAAUCUCUUGCUCAUCAAGGUUUUGGAACAAAAAUCUAGAUGCCUUCUGAAUAGUGUCUAUUGUAAGUUAACUGAGUAGUAUGUAAUGCUGCCUCCUUGUGGCUCCUUUCGUUUCUACACCUUUGCAAAUUCUAAAUGUUCCUUGUGUCAGAGGGCUGCUUUUCAUAUUGUUUUCUGCCCAUUCAGAAACAGGAUUGCCAGGCAGCAGGAGAAAAAUUUAAAAAUUGCUGUUGGCCAACAACAUUGGUGUAGUGAUUAAGAGUGCAGGACUCUAGUCUGGAGAGCCGGGUUUGAUUCCCCACUCCUCCACUUGAAGCCAGCUGGGUGACCCUGGGACAGUCACAGCUUCCUUGAGCUCUCUCAGCCCCACCCACCUCACAGGGUGUUUUGUUGUGGGGAUAAUAAUAGCAUACUUUGUAAACCACUCUGAGUGGGUGUUAAGUCAUCCUGAAGGGUGGUAUAUAAAUAGAAUGUUGUUGUUGUUAACAUGAUGUCACUUUCUGGACCAAAUUGGAAGGACUGUGCCCAAAGGCGUCAGAUUCAUUCCUAAAGUUUUGUAUAUGUGCCAAUGCCAUGACAGCGAGAAGUGAUGCAUUUAGAAUUGUGAAGAUGGGCCUAUCUUAGUCUUUUGUGCUGGCUUAGUUAGCCCCAAUCCCUGAAGAUCAGCAUAUGCGUUUUGGCUAAGUUGCCAUUUGUGGUCAAGAGGGACCAAAAAUGAGUUUAUCUCAAGCAGAGUGUGAGGCAAACAUCUGUUUCCUGGUUCUAGGUGUGUAUGAGGGCCAAAACUUGACAUUACAGCAUCCACAGGUCCACCAUUUUAAAGGAAAUUUGGGCUGUUUAAAAAAGUCAUGGGAGAUUGUUUCAGCACUUGAAAAGUAUGGGUGGGGGGACAAGAUUGCCCACACAGCUUUUUUAAAUGGCCCACGUUCACCUCUAAAAUGGUGGCAUCAUCCAUGUGUCUGACCCGUGAACACCACAAUGUCUACUUUGUCUCUGAGUUGUGGUGGUGCAAAACUUAUCUUGGGGCUCAAACCCUGUUUAAAAGUCAUUAAUAUUUCUGGUUGGAUAGACAAAUAAGAAGCCAGAAAGUGCAAUUAAAGUCUCCUCUCUGACUGGUGGAAUAUCAUGGAAGAGAGAGACCAACAUAAAAGCUCAGCACCAGCAGUCAAAGAACAAAGAAGCUUUCUAACUUUAAUUCCACUCCAAAGUGGAAAAAACCUGGAAUUAACAUCAAGAAAGGGAGGGGGACAGAGAAACAAGGCCCCAACAACAGAGGAGUCCAUGUCAGCCAAGCUCCUCCAGUCAAUAGGAGCUGUGGGCUGGGAAGCAGGUGAGUCAGUUAAGAUUUGACAAUUGGAGAUUUUAGUCUGUUGGAUAGUGCAAAAGGAGAGUUAGGUGAAAAGUAAGAUAAACUAGUCCUGAACUGAGAGGUAUUGAGUUACAGCUGAAAGCUGUGGGUUAAUUGUAAAGUUUAACAAGCGAGUGACAGUAAAAAGCAUAGGAUUAUGUCCUAUGCACACAUGCGCGCGCAUGCACACACACACAAAUGUACUAUUAACAAUCUGAAAUCCCAUUUCUCUGUGUUCACUGUUCAUAUUUUCUUCACUUAUAUGUUACUUUAAAUAAACAUUAUUUUUCUACAGUU